AGAAGAAAUAUUUCUUCCCGUCUCGUCCCGUGAUGGUGAUCCCGCGGGAUCCACAGAUAGCGGGGAGAAUUCCCAUCCCUACGUCCCGUCUUAUAAAUCAAGAGAUUUCAGUGUGAUCCAGACUUCCAGAGUUGAGUAGAUAGACAGAAUGGCGAAAAUGAAUUUCAGCUCUGCUUCGAUUUUACUACUCUCGGUUCUUUUCACAGUAUGUAUGUCACCAUCGAAACUCGUUUUCGCCAUUCCUGAUUUCUUGCUAGAUCUAAUUACUGGUUUGAUGUCGGAAUCUAAAGUUCUGGUUUCAUUUUCUUCUUAGCUUCUGCUGAGAAGUCCGGCGACGUAAAUGAACUGCAAAUCGGCGUUAAGUUAAUUCAACUUUUUCCAUUUUCUUGAUUUUCUUUUUGUAGGUUUACAUUUAUUUUUUCUAGAUAAUACGGUGAAAAACUUAGCAAUGAAUUCUUACUAAUUGUUUUUCAUUUAAAAUGUUCAUCAUAGAGCACAUCUUGACAGGAAUAAGACUUUAAUUUGUUUAGAAUCAGAUGUUUCCUCGGAUCUGCUGGAUACGAUUCAUGUCAUAAGCCUGCAUCCUGUGAACAUCAAACUCAUAAAGGUGACAGAAUCAAAGUACACUAUCGGGUGAGUUGGAACUGUUUCAGCUGGAUGUUUAGUUUAUGUUCAAUGUCCUCACUCCUAGACCUAUGUGAUGAAUGUUGUGCUUUGCUAAACUAAGAGAUAUAAAGGUCAAUUUUGCAUUGAUGCUAUCUAAGUGUUGAAUUUAGUCCCAAGCUAGACUGAGCUAGUUUUGAAGCCUAGAGCAAGAUGGAGGUGUGUAUCACAUGCACCUUUCUUACCAUUGUUCUGUAUGAGGAUCAUAUUUGAGUAGUCAUAGUUCAAUACCAUGAUGUAUUUGUAUUUUUCCCUCAAGCUAGUAGCCAUUUUAUAUGAUUUUUCUAACAUAACGGGGGAUGAUCUGUGUGCAUGUCAGGUAUAACAGGACAGACAAUGCUAUUAGCAUGAGACAACUCAUUGAUGGAAAUGUUUUUGAUUCCAGCUUUGAGAGGGGUGAUCCUAUUGAGUUUGAGCUUGGUAGUGGUCAAGUAGUCAAAGGUUUGUGUGAGUGUGGGGAGGAGGGGAUGUGACUUCAGGCUGCUUUUGCAAAACUUAGUCAUAUUGGUUUUUUUGCUUUUGAGGCUUCGUUGCUGAUGUUAUUGUUCAAACCUCUCUUUGUUGGAUGGGACCAAGGAUUGCUAGGAAUGUGUUUUGGUGAGAAGCGUCAGUUGAAAAUACUUGCAAAACUUGCUUAUGGACCACAGGGUUCCCUGCCAACCAUCCCAGGUGGAGCAACUCUAAUAUUCGACACAGAGCUUGUGGCAGUUAAUGGGAAGACAGCAAGUGGGGAAAAUGCUAGUGACAGUGAGAUAUAGUCAUUAAUCUAGGGAAGCAGUUUAUUCUUGUCUAUUUUCUUUAGCUAAAAUACAAUUAGGAUUCAGGGGCAUUUGGAUUAGACUGAAGAUAGUUACCAAUAAUCCUUCUUCAUUAGCCUUAUUGUUUUGGUGGAAUUUUGGAGUAUUUUGGUAAUUGGGUAACCUUUUCCUACCAUGGCAAUUAUAGUGCUUUCGAGAUGUAACGUGGUUUCCUGUUUUAUGAUUUUGGGUUUGUUUGGGUCCUUCGGGAUUGUUAUCAAUGUUAAAAAAAGGUACCAUGAAGUAUGAAAGCAAUGGUAAUAAGAAAAAAAAAAUUAAUCU